UACAAUCUUUGUGUCACAGCUCAAUGAUUGAAAGUUGUUGAUAAAUAUGGUGUUGUAGCUGCCUCAAACCACAAAGGGGCAGUAAAGAGCUUUGGCAACAGCGUUAAAGUGCAGUAACUGAGGAGCAACAUGGAGGAGCCACCUGAGCGUGAAGCUUAGUCUAGUUUUAAGGAUGUAACAGGUAUGUGGGGUAAAAACCAUUUAACCAUAGGCUUAAAGAAUUUCAAGAACAUUUUCAAAAGUGAGCACAGUGGAGAGUGUUUUGGUGCCACGUUUCUAUAUUGAGGUUGAAAGCACCAGUUCAAAAGGUUGGAGCUGCUUUGGGAAUUGUGACUGUAACUUCGGGAGAACCGACGUCUGCAGGAUAUUUUGCACAAUCUGCGUUGCAGUAAAAGAUGCAGCAACUUAACUUGACUCCGUUAUUGUUCAGUAUUUAAUGAAUGACUUUUCACAAUGCAUGACUAACAAGGCACAAGUCGUCCUCAUAAUGUCCAGGUGAGCGGACUGUACCAUCUCACCCUUAAGUUCCGUGACGGUCAUCAGAAGUUGACUGAUCCAAACCCUCUUAGUCUCCCAGCUGUCAAUCUGCAGCCUCCCACGUGGUCCGCAGGGCGGGCGCAUCUCCACCAGUCGAACAUGCGACUUUUAGGGAGGCAAACAUUUGGACCCAUUUGUAGUUGCACUCGCACACGCACGUCAGCUGCUCCCCAACAAGAAAAACGACGACCAGGAGGCGUCUCAUCUGUCAUUAGUGCCCAGAUCGCUCCCAUCUGUGCGGCGUAAACCCGGUGCGCACCGCCUCCUGUUCCAAGACUCAGUUUGAACCCCGCGCCUGCUGAACUGGAGCUGGGCGCUGCAUAGUUAGUCCACAGAGGCUAAUUGCAAUUAGCUUGCAGAGCUACACUAAGAAGGUUAUUUUGCCAACUUGGAACCCAGAAGCAGGAUGGAUACAGCCAGCGACUCAGCCGGGGAAAGUAAGCCGGUGUGCCAGUGUGCCCCCAAGUCUGCGGUCCAGCGGUGGUUACCCGGUUUCCCCGUCGCCCUCUGCUUGCUGAUGUCCCUGAGCUCUAUCGCCGUGUGCCUCCUCAUGAGCCUCAAGACCUUCCAGCUGGAGACCCGCCUGCAGAUGGAGAUGGACAAGGCGUCCGUCUUCAACCCACCUCACAGCGCUUUUCUAAACGAGGACGGGACCCUGGUUCCAGAGCUGAGCACCUCCAUAGGGAAGCUCGUGGAAGAGAAAGUGGUGGUGCUGAUGCCGAAAGCGCGAAAAGUGAGGGAUGUUGGUCAAGAGUGCUCCUGUCCUCCAGAACCUCACCAGGGCAAGGCUGGACGGGAUGGAUACCCGGGUCCACUUGGCUUGGAUGGCAAACCAGGUUUACCGGGUCCUAAAGGAAGCCAGGGACCAGCCGGCCCCAAGGGAGAAAAGGGUGACCAGGGAGACAUUGGGCCACGGAUGGUCUUUCCCCGUUAUGACCACGGCUUUCUCUCUGGAGAGCAGUCGGGCAGCUUUCAGAGACGCUUCCUGAAGGGUGACCAGGGCCAGGCAGGACCCGCUGGUCCUCCUGGUCCCCCAGGUCCUCCAGGUCCCAGAGGCCCCCCUGGGAACACAGGCAAGGACGGGCCCCGUGGUCCUGCUGGGGAGCCGGGUUUUCCAGGUCGGGAUGGUGUUGAGGGAUCACAGGGGUUGCCUGGGAAGCCGGGAGAAGAUGGUGAGCCUGGCUAUCAAGGGCCACAGGGUCCCCCAGGAAUGAAGGGCGAGCCAGGUGUAGCAGAAAAGGGAGAGAGAGGUAUGGAUGGACUCCCAGGAUUAAAGGGUGACAGAGGGGAGGUAGGACCAGAGGGACCCAUGGGUUAUCCUGGUGAAAAAGGCAACACAGGUUCCUCAGACAUCAUUGACUUCAACGGGAAGCUUCUAGAUGCUUUCCAGGCCAUCGACACCAUCAGCAUUUCGGGCCCGCCUGGACCACCGGGACCCCCAGGCCCUUCAGGGGAAAAGGGUGAGCUCGGGUUACCUGGUCUAGCAGGAGUUGAUGGGGAAAAGGGACAUAAAGGUGACACAGGUGUGACAGGACCCCCUGGCGAGAGAGGGGAGAAGGGGGAGAUGGGUCUCUCUGGGCCUGCUGGUAUGGAUGGACACAAAGGAGAGAAAGGCGACUGCAGACUGGACGACAACCUGGUUCAGAUGAUAUCCCAACCAGGCCCACCUGGUCCACCUGGCCCACCAGGAGUCCCUGGGUCCUCUGGAUCCAUGGGGCUGCACGGGAUGCCUGGUCCUAAGGGUGAGCCUGGAGUCGGGAUGAGGGGAGAGAAGGGGGAAGCUGGUUCAUCUGGACCCAGGGGACACGAUGGCCUCCAGGGUCUGCCUGGAUCUGCAGGGUUAGUGGGUCUUCCAGGUGCAAAGGGAGAAAAAGGCAGACCAGGGGAGCCUGGACUAGAUGGUUUCCCAGGUACGAUGGGUGACAAAGGUGACCGAGGAGAAAGAGGAGAGAAGGGGGACAGGGGGACAGUAGGAAAAAGAGGUCUAAAGGGCCAGAAGGGAGAGCAGGGUCCUCCAGGCUUGGACCAGCCUUGUCCUGUGGGCUGUGAUGAGACUAAAGGUGUGUCUGUGGAGGCAGAGCUUUCUUCCCCUCCAGUUCCUCCUCUUCCUCCUUCCGGCCCUGAGGCCCCCUGUCCUGUGGGACAUGAUGGGAUGCCAAUACCAGGCUGCUGGCACAAGGGGCAUUUUGAGGAAAUGGCGAGGCAGAAGCUCAAACGCAAGCGUCUCUCUCAGCCCUGAGGGGGUGCAGGGCCUGGUGGAGAAAGGACACAUUGACAGGCAGAGAGCACGAGGGGCAGAUUGGCCUUUAUGCAGCACCGGAGCCAUGCAAGGCCUCCGUGUCACACCGAACACUCAGACCCUCCGUUAUGGAAACCCCUUCAGGAGGGGGGCAACAGAGAACACUGCGAUUCCACAUCCACCUGGGUAGAGAAGACGCACACGGACUGAUAGCUUGAUAACCAGUUGGUUUGGGGGUUCAAUGAUGUCACUGGCACAUAAGGAGGAAUUUACUGCACAGAUACAUUGAACAUGAUGGUGAUCUCCUGUAUGGCUCUUUUGUAAAGCUUUUGCAUGAUCAUAAUUCAGAAAGCUUGUAUGAUGUGUGACAUCAGGUGACGGUAGAUUCAUUUUCAUUUGCAACAAGCAGUCUGUAAUAGUCUUUCCAUUUGAACAAGCCACUCAGAGGAGUCAGUAAGUCAACUUUUUUUACGGCUUACACUUAACAGCAGUGGUGACUCGCGCGUUGUUUUGUUUUAUUCCGUUAUACUCUUAUCUGAUUUUGUCCAGUUACAUUUUGCAUUCCUGUGCACUGGCAUGUUUGCGGAAUAAAUAAAUGAGUGAAACUUCAAGACCGGAUUUGAAGGAACCAGUCACAGUAUUCAUGUUAUUUCAGUGUUUCAACCAGGGAGCCAAUCAGCUCCAACAUUAGACUGUUUCUGUUUUAGCUGCCUUAACAAACGGUUGCCGAUCAGAUUCUUCUCUUAAUGAUUUCCAGCGUGAAUGAUCAUUAUCUUUUAAUCAUUGAUGAAGACAUGUUUAAUUACUUUUGCCAGUUUUACUGUUGUAACUUCUUGCUGCUGACUUAAAUGUGUGUUUUUUUCUGUUUGAUAUUUUUGAACCAAUAUUAGUCAUUUGAAGGACUAACAGACUUUAAGUAUGACAUUUAAAACAGAUGUAUACACAACCAUAUUUUUUAUGGCAAAUAUUCAUUUUAAAUCAGCAAUAGACAGCUUUAAUCUUUGAAAAACAUGUUCUUAGCUGGAAUUAUUUCUUUGUGCUGUUUAAAACUCUGCAUACACAUACAAUCUAGGGUUGGCAAAGUCACAAACGUACACAGACCCAUGCUUCAGUUUUCAAAUAACCUGUAUAAGACUUCAUUAACUAUUUUCUAAUAUUUGGCUGCAUGUAUACAAUACAGAGAUUACAUGAAAUCAUUAUUUGGUUCUGUUUACAUGUGUAGAAAUACAUUUAGUUUUUGGGGAAAUUGUAUUUUCUUCUUCAGCGUCAUAUAUUUACUCUGCAUUGGUAUUAGUUGCACUUUCUGAUACAAUAUGAAUAAUAUCAAGCAAUCCUCUUUUUUUAAGGCAGGAUACAUGUUCAGGUUAAUCACUAGUCUUACUGACUGGUUAUUAAGGAGAGGAACACAAAUGUAUCGGUGAUGUGUGAAUGAAUUAAAAUUUAACCUGUAAGUCCAACAAGGUAAAUUUGUUAAAAGGGCAAUUUAGUAGGGGAAUGACAGUGUUGGCUCAGUGCUGAAUCCAGUACAGACAGUGCAUUGGUAAUCUUGGUCAAUAGAAAUAUUGAGUAGCUGAAGUGUAAGCUGGCUCACGUCACGUUGUCACUCUUCCCUGACAUUACAAUGUGCAACAUCUGUGAUCAGCUUUAUUUUUGCAAAGAGCCAUUUAACUGCAAAGUUGCAUUACUGACAUCACACACAAAAAGUUCCAUAUCGGUGGAAUAAACUCAAUGUUUUUGUUUGUUUUUUUACUUCAGAAAUGUUUUGUAAGAAAGAUCAGUGCAUCGUAUAUUAAACUUAUACAAUGCACCUAUUGUGAGAGGUAUUCUAGGGAUGUUUUCCAUGAAACAAAAUUCUGUAAAUGAGGUGCAGUACCAUAAGCUAUGACAGAAUAGCUGAAACACAAACUUCAUUUGAGUAACAUGUUGAAUGAGAUUUAACUGCAAAUUGUGCAGGUCUUGGCAUUAUUUUCCUGGAAGCUGAUGGUUAUCUGUCACUUAUCUUUUUAUUUCUUUUGCAGAUUCUAUCAGUUGCAGGUUCAAGGCUUAAUGACAUCAAUAGAUGGCAAAAAUAUCUAACUAUUCAGUUUGGUGUUUUAGCAAAUCAUAUAUUACAGUAUUAGCUUGACUUUUUGAGAAUGUUUCUUUUUUGGUUGUGUAUUUGGUUGUAAAAGAAUUAAGCUAUUUUUGUAAUUACUUGUCUAAAUAUGUAUAACUUGAGAACUGGUUAACUAAACAUGUAGAAUGAAAUAAACUGGUUUUAUGGUUUCUUGUCCAUUAAAUCAUAAAUAAUCAUGUACAAUUAUUUUUGUUUAAAAUUUUGUUUAAACCAUUAAAAGGAAAAUUACAGUCCAAAGUAAA